AAUUCGCUCCUCGUGGUAGUACGUGUACAUGAUAAAUAAGUGAUUUUAUUUUAUUUAUGUUUUUUGUGAUUAUACUAGAAUAGUGUUUGCGCUAUGCAAGUUUUUAAAAGAUCAACCUUUUGGGUAGCCCCUAUAAAUAAAAAUAUAUCAAGGUCCGUUUCCGUGCACAAAGUAUCAGUAAAUGUCGAUGCCAAAGAAAUUAAAUUAAAGUCCUGGCGAGAAAUACCAGGACCACCAACUCUACCUCUAAUAGGACAAUUGCACCAUUUUUUUCCUGGAGGAAUGUUGGAAGACGUUUCUAAUUUGGGCGAUGUGUUAUACGAAAAAUAUGGGCCUAUAGCAAAGUUAGAUGGUGUAUUUGGUGGAGAAACCGUCAUAUUUCUAUUCGAUGCAGAAGCCGCGUCUCAGGUCCUAUGGGGAGAAAAUAGGUUGCCUUACCGGCCGAGUUUUAUUUCUUUGGAAUAUUAUAGGAAGGUGUACAGUAAUAAAGGGAAAACUGAUAUAGUGACAGGACUGGGGACAGACCAUGGUAAAGCUUGGAAAAAAUUCCGAUCAACAGUCAAUCCAAUUAUGCUACAACCUAAAACCAUUAUUUUAUACAGCAACACAUUAAAUGAAGUAGCGGAAGAUAUGAUUAAAAGAUUGAAGUCCAAACGUAACGAUAAGAAUAUGAUUGAAGGAAAAUUUGACGAAGAGAUGAAUCUAUGGGCCUUGGAAACGAUUGGAGUAGUCGCUCUUGGCGAUCGACUAAACUGUUUCGAUCCAAAUUUGCCAGAAAACUCACCAGUCAAGAAAAUGAUACAGAUAGUUCACAAUAUAUUUAAAUAUGCAAACAAAUUGGACUUUAACCCAAGCCUUUGGAAAUAUAUCUCUACUCCGACGUUUAAAAAAGCUAUGCAAUGUUACGAAGAUCAGAUGAUGUUAAGUAGAUAUUUCAUUGAUAAAGCUAUUGAAAAACUAGAUGCAAAAAAUAAUAAUGCUAAUGAAGAAAAAGCAGUUUUGCAAAAAUUACUUGAAAUUGAUAAGGAUGUGGCAAUAAUUAUGGCAAGCGAUAUGUUACUGGCAGGAGUGGAUACGGCUGCAAAUACGAUAAUUGCAACAUUAUAUUUGCUUGCAACGAAUCCGGACAAACAAGACAAAUUGAGGGAAGAAAUAAAAUCGCAAAAAGUUAAAAAAUACCUUAAGGCAGUAUUAAAAGAAUCUAUGCGUAUCUUACCUGUCGCUUCAGGAAAUAUGAGACUAACAACAAAGGAUUAUAAUAUUCUGGGGUAUCACAUCCCAAAAAACGUGAAAGUUACUUUUCAUCAUCAAACAAUGUCUAAAUCGGACAAAAACUUUCCUAGACCAUUGGAAUAUUUACCAGAACGAUGGCUAGCAGAAAAGACUGAUCCACUGUAUUAUGGAAAUGCUCAUCCAUUUGCCUUUGUCCCUUUUGGAUUCGGGAUCCGAAGUUGUAUAGGUCGACGUAUAGCUGAAUUGGAAAUAGAAACCUUCCUUUCCAAAGUAAUUGAGAAUUUCCAUGUAGAAUGGUUCGGACCUCCGCUACGGUAUCGAACUGCAGCCUUGAAUUAUAUGUGUGAACCUUUUAACUUUAUUUUUAAAGAUGUUAAGUAAUAUUAAGUGCUUGUAUAAAAUAAUAUUAUUAUUAAAGUUAACAAUAACGUUUUUAUCUCGUUUUAUAAAAGAAAUGAUUCAAUGCGCGAUAACUAUUAGUGCAGCUAUUGUUAUUAAAUAAAGGAUUGUCAUAAUUUUGAUUUUCUUAUUUCUUUAUUAGUAUUUAUGUUUUGUGAAAUAUAUAACACAAUAUAUAUUUUAAUGAAAGAUAAGUUAUUAUUUCUUUAUGAUUUGAUAGCCCAUGAGGAUGUUUAAUAAUUUUAAUACAGUAGAUUUUUGUUAUAUUUUAUACAAUUCAAAUUAUUGAAUAGACCUUUUGCUUACAAUCUUGU